AUGAAGGUGGCGCGGCUGCGACAGCGAGGAUUGGGGUUGGUUUUUUCAGGAAAUUUAAUGGAUUGUUUUUGGAAUGUGGGGAUGGGGUGCGUGAGGGCUGUAGCGAAAAUGGUGGUGCAAUCUUUGGAUGCUGAUGGCGAUGGAAUGUUAGGGCUAGAAGACUUCUCGAAGCUAGUGGAGGGUGGCGGCAAGGAAAUUCAAUGGAUUGUUUUUGGAAAUGUGGGGAUGGGGUGUGUGAGGGCUGUAGGUGGUGAAAUGUCGGAUGAGGAGGCGAAAAUGGUGGUGCAGUCUUUGGAUGCUGAUGGCGAUGGAAUGUUAGGGCUAGAAGGCUUCUCGAAACUAGUGGAGGGCGGCGGCGAGGUCGAGAGAAAUAAUGAAUUUGUGGUGGAAAAAUAA